GCGGCGGCGGCGGCGGCCGGGAGCGGAGGAGGCGGAGCAGGGAGCCGGGAGCCGGCUGGCCCGCGCUCCUCCUGCCGGCCGGGGAUUUUCCAGCCUGGGCGCUGUCGCCUCGGACCUCCUGCGGCCGCGGCGGACCAUGGGCGACAAAGGGACGCGGGUGUUCAAGAAGGCAAGCCCGAAUGGAAAGCUCACUGUCUAUCUGGGAAAGCGGGACUUUGUGGAUCACAUCGACCUCGUGGAUCCUGUGGAUGGCGUGGUCCUGGUGGAUCCUGAGUAUCUCAAGGAGAGGAGAGUCUACGUGACACUGACCUGCGCCUUCCGCUAUGGCCGGGAGGACCUGGAUGUCCUGGGCCUGACGUUUCGCAAGGAUCUGUUUGUGGCCAACGUGCAGUCCUUCCCGCCAGCCCCUGAGGACAAGAAGCCCCUGACACGGCUGCAGGAGCGCCUCAUCAAGAAGCUGGGCGAGCAUGCCUAUCCUUUCACCUUUGAGAUCCCUCCAAACCUCCCGUGCUCUGUGACAUUGCAGCCAGGGCCUGAAGACACGGGGAAGGCCUGUGGUGUGGACUACGAGGUCAAAGCCUUCUGUGCCGAGAACCUGGAGGAAAAGAUCCACAAGCGGAAUUCUGUGCGCCUGGUGAUCAGGAAGGUUCAGUAUGCCCCGGAGAGGCCUGGCCCCCAGCCCACAGCUGAGACCACCAGGCAGUUCCUCAUGUCGGACAAGCCCUUGCAUCUAGAAGCUUCCCUGGAUAAGGAGAUCUAUUACCAUGGAGAACCCAUCAGCGUUAAUGUCCACGUCACCAACAACACCAACAAGACAGUGAAGAAGAUCAAGAUCUCGGUGCGCCAGUAUGCGGACAUCUGCCUUUUUAACACAGCCCAGUACAAGUGCCCUGUGGCCAUGGAAGAGGCUGAUGACACAGUGGCGCCCAGUUCAACAUUCUGCAAGGUCUACACCCUGACGCCCUUCCUGGCCAACAACCGAGAGAAGCGGGGCCUCGCCCUGGACGGGAAGCUCAAGCAUGAAGACACGAACCUGGCCUCCAGCACCUUGUUGAGGGAAGGAGCCAACCGGGAGAUCCUGGGCAUCAUUGUUUCCUACAAAGUGAAAGUGAAGCUGGUGGUAUCUCGGGGCGGCCUGUUGGGAGACCUUGCAUCCAGUGACGUGGCUGUGGAACUGCCCUUCACCCUAAUGCACCCCAAGCCCAAAGAGGAACCUCCACAUCGUGAAGUUCCAGAGAACGAGGCUCCAGUAGAUACCAAUCUCAUAGAACUUGACACAAACGAUGACGACAUUGUGUUUGAGGACUUUGCCCGCCAGAGGCUGAAAGGCGUGAAGGACGACAAGGAGGAAGAGGAGGAUGGUACUGGCUCACCACAGCUCAACGACAGAUAGACUGGGGCCUGCCCUCCCUCUGGGCAGCUCCACGGCCGCUCUCAUGCACUAGGAUGCUUACUCGUCUUCUUCCUGUCCUCGUUCCCUCUCCCCUUGUUCUUCUAGUUUCUACCAGGGGGCCCAAUGGUCUCCCGGGUUACGGUGGUGAACCUCCGGCCUCAGGAUUGGCCCAUCACCGUGCUGUCAGGGCCACAUGGGCCACCUUCAACCCUCUCACCCCUCUCAUGGGUCACCCCUCCAGGCCUCCCCCCUUUUCCUGCUGACUCCAGAAAGGCCAUCCUGGCUUUGGCCUUGGGAUUUGACUUGGGAUGGGGAGCAGAAUGGGGAGGGUGGGGCAGAGAUCUCAAGACAUGUGAGGAGAUGGCCACGGUCCCAGGUGGCUGGCGCAUCUCUGGCAGCUAAAAGAUGACCGUGCCAAGGGCUACCCUCUUCUGGCUAGGAGGGGCACACCUGUGGAUAGGGUCUCAAUACCUUUUUGGCAUUUGGAUCUACCAAACGCCUCUCCCCUUCCACCCCUCUGUCCCCAUCCUGUGUCCCUCUGUGUCUGCCAGUGACAUUGGUGAAGGUUCACGGACCUCAGGAGUAGAGAAAAGCUACUGGACUGCCAUUCUUACCAGCAGUUACCCAGUCUAAGGCAAGCUGUGUGAACUAGCCCGUCUAAUUCAGUACUAUCAGGAUGGAACGUCCUAGCUACCUUGUAGCUUCUGUGUGUGUCCUAUCUGUACACAUGCAUAGAGAGACAAGGGAGGGGUCUUCACAAAGCACUACCUGGUGGCAUAGUGAGUCCACACUCCUGAGGAGGUUUCCGGAAAGGUGGCUCUGAAAGCUGGGGUUAGGGGCAAGAAGGUGAGGAUCUGCUCUUCUCUCCUUUGCAGAUGUAAGAGCAAACAGUGAUCCCAUGGGAAGUAAGGCUGGAGGUCCAGAUGGGGCUGGGGACACCCAUAUCCUACUACCUCCCCUUGCAGUUUUCCACAGCUGGGCUGGGCUGGCCCUGCAGGCUGGGAGAGAGUGCUCGAGGCCACCAUGCCCACAGUCAGGGCCUCCUCCCCCAGGAGGCAGCAUGGUCCAUUGAUAUCCCUCACCUAAAAGGAAGGGGGCUGCUGGGUAUCCAGGAACCCUUCAUUUCCUUGGGGAGUUGAUUCCCCCACACACCGUCCAUCCCCCCGCCACCCACCACCAGUAGCUCCCAGUGCCAUGGAUACCCAGUACCCAUUAACUGGUGUUGCUUGAUUGGGACCUGGGGCAUUUUUAGGCAAUAAGGCAGGCAGAUGAUGAGGUAGAAAUUGAUAAAAGGUAUUUGUUCUUGUUUGGCCUUUGACACCCACUUACUGUGUGACCUUGGACAAGUUCCUUUCUCCUUCUGGGCCUCAGUUCUUCACCUAGAAGACCAAAGGGUUUGACCAGAUGAUCACAAAGGGACCUCCCAGCUCUGGCCUCCAAGAAUAUGUAAACCUCAAAGUUUCUGGUAUGACUGGUAGAGCCAGAUACAGACCAUUGACAAUGGUCUGUCUGCUUCCAGGGGUGAUUUAUUGGGCCCCAGAGGUAGCAGGGCCAUGGGGAGCUCCUAGCCCACCCCUUCCCAGGCCCUUCUUGGGCCCCUGGAAGGUCCUCUGAUGUCAAGCUGUGGCCAUAGCUAGCAUGAGCUAUUUGGCCCUAGGGCCUGAAUAUUCUAGAAGACCAAGCUUGCAUUUGCUUUGACAGGGCCCUUGGGUACCUCACAGCUCCCUGUGGAUGCAGACUCCCUGAGGUUUACCUUAUACCCAAGUGAAUAUAUUGCUUAGCAGGGUGGGGGUGGGGGUCUUUCCUCCAUCUCUGCUCCCAUUUAUCUCUGUCCCAUACUUGCCUGAUAAAGAAGACAACAAAAUUUUAUUAUGCAAGUUGGGACUCAGCCCUCUUCAGUCCAGCCCCUCCCGGGGUGGGCAGUGUCACCAUUAUCCAUGGUGAGAAUACCCAGUUCACAAGCCUGGCACUGCACCCCAGCCCUUCCCCUCCUGAAUCUCAUGAAAACUCGAUUCUAGGGAGCCCUACCCCAUGUCAGGCCCAAGGCAGCUUGGGGCAGCCAUAUAUUAUCCUGGCCAGCUCUGGGUGCCCCAGGCAUCCAGCCCCUACCAGAGCUUGCUUGCAGUUACACCUCAUCGGAUGGCUGAAGAGUUGACAAAGGGCUGGAACAGCACAUGCCGAGCACUGCUCUCCAGUGGCUUCCUCUGGAACCUUUGAGGCUGGGAUGAGACCCUUUAGGAUUUGAGGUGAUCACUCCCUUCCAUCCCUUCCUUCAUGCCUCACCCAUGCACGUGAUAGAUUUGUCAGCCUGUUUUCUUAAGCUUCUUCACCUCAAUAUCACACUCACCCUUCUGGGUUUGUCCCAGUGUUUGGCUGAAAUUUCUCCACCUGCAGGAAGUAUUAGAGCCCCACCUAGACUUUUACCUUUGGGGCCCAGGGCUGCAGAAGGGCAGCCCUUGACCUCAGGAAGCUCAUGGUCAGGUGAAAGUUAUAGGGGGAAGUCAUGGGGGCCACUGCAUUCAGGGCUCCUUGGCUGCUGCUAGUCCAUAUAGUGCCUUGAUGUGAGUUAGAAGCAGUGCACCUUCCAGGUGGACCGGCCCAUGUUGGAAUGCACAGCUUUGUGAAUGGUGCACGGGCUGGAGUUUAGCCCCACUUACCCUAGCCAGUGCAACACAAGCUGGAGUGUUUCCUUGGGCCUCUUCCUGGGAGAAGGACCCAGAGCAUCUUUCAGAGCUUUUGAUUGGUUCCAGACCCCACUCUGCCUGCAGCCCACAACUAUGACCAAGUCCUUCUAUGCAGGGUCCCUGGAUAGAAGGACUGGAGUCAGCCUGUCUAGAGUCAGGUGAGACCUUGGAGUGAGAUUGGGGGUGAAGGAGCCCCACUGGGCCCCAGGCACCAGCCCAUAGUUUUGGCUCUGUGCUGACCACACUGGUACCUUCCAGUGGGCCAUGUAGGUGGCAUAUAGAGAGCAGUCUGGGCAGGAAGGAAGAGCAUGGUCCAGGGUGAAAACCUACAGGCAGAGGCCGGCUGGACUUUCUCAGCAUUUCACCCAUGAGAAGGGUUAGGCCCCAUGAAGAGAAGAACUGAAUUAUUCAGUUGGACUCCAUGGGCUGUCUCAGCCUCAAAGCACAGAGGGUGAGAGUGGGCACACUGGGGGCUGGUUUUAGCUCGGCUCAUUGCUGAAAAGCUGGUUCCCACGUGGUGCCGUGAAAAGCAUGCUGGCCUGGAAGUCCACACUGCCUCCGGUCUAGUUGUCACCAACCAGCUGAGUAGCCUUGAGCAAGUCACUCAACCUCUUGGGCUCAAUUUCCCUAACUAUAAAAUGGGACAGUAAUCCCUUCUCCACCUGACUCAAGGCGCUUGAAGCCCAGAUGAGAUGAAAGUCAGCUCUGUAAGCUGCAGAUGGCUGCACAGACUGUGGUCCUACCACUGCAGGGCAGUAGCCCAGGGUCACACAGGAAGAUCACUGCGGGCUGAGUCCUCCUCCCACCAGUCUUCAUCUCUUGCCCCCUUCUCUCUUAGGCAGAUGUCAACCAGAAGGAGAUGCAGUCAGUUUGGGUUUGGUGACACAGCUGAGAGAAAAAUGCAGACACUAUUCAGGAAUGCCUUACCCACAGAGAGUGGUCCCAGCAAUCAUGACAGAGAGACAAGCCAUGGAGAUUGCCAGGGAUUGGGCUGGUGGGCAUCCUGGACCCUCCCAGUCCUGGUGCCACUCCCAUCUCCCAGUUUUUUGAUCCCACAGAGGCCAGGAAGCCUUGGCUCUGAUCCCAGAUUAGGGAGAGCCACUAGCCUCCAGGCCCAGGGAGGGCCAAACCACUAUUCCAUCAAAGAACCCCAAGGGUGAGGUGGAAUAGAAAUUGCCCUUUAUAGUGGAAGGCCUCCUCCAUCACAGCUACCAAUACACCUUGAUGACACUUGGGAGGCAUUUGGGCCCAGGGAAAACCCAGGCCCCUUACCCUGCUGACCCGUUCCCCAGUGGUUCCAGUGUCCCACAAAGACAGCUUCUCCUACCAGUGACUGGGGACGGGACAUUCUUCACCCAUCCCAGAGGAAGGCAUUGGCCCCAAUCUUGAACUAUUAUAGGGUCUUACAGGCAUAGGCCUAUAUCUCUUCUGUUUUUCUUUUUAAAGUCGACAAGGACCAAAACACACUCUAUCUUGACCUACAUGCAUAAGCCUGCAUCGAGCAGUUUGAUGGCAUCUUGCCAUCUUUGUCCAGGCAGGUCUACUGCUUCUGUCCUCCCUCCAGGACUGAGAUGGCCUACCUGUGGGGCAGGAUCCCCACCUCUUCCACUCCCCUGCAGAGUUCCUGCACUGUGGCUUCAAAGAGAGGCCCAUCGAAGGAGGGGCACCUCUGUCCCCCAGCAAUCUCCUCCAACUCUUCACUCUGAAAGGGGAGUCAAAGCACAGGUCCUCAGGACCCAUGACCUACAGACACUCUGAUAUAGUGGUUUUCAAACCAGGUGCUGUGGAACUCCUGGGUUUCACAGAGCUUCACCAGGGGCUGCUAAAGUGGGAAGAUGGGGGUGGAGGCAAAGGCGAGGUCUCCAGCUCUCCCCCAACCCCACUUCCACCAGGACAACUCUGCUUUCAUCUGUCUUGCCUAUUGAGGUUACACCUUCAAACUUUGGAAGAAAAGCUUCAUCAAACCACCAUUCUGAGGUUUGAUCUUCAACCAGCAAGCACAGGUUCUCUUCUUGCUUUUCAUGUUGGAAUGGCUCUAGCAUUCCAAUACAAAGUGUCUUUGUAUUGGAACUUGGGUUGCAACCCAGGCCCAAGCACUUGCUUACACACACACACACACACACACACACACACACACAAACACGAUGGUUUUGCGACAUACCCACCCUGAAGCUCUGGCCUGGGUUUUGAUUUGGGCAAGGGCCUGGUGCUCAGUGAGGAUGGGUCUUGCCUUGAUAUCAGCCCAUGCAGUGUAGGGGACUGUGGAACAAGGAAAUAGGCCCAGCCCCUACCCCACAGCUUGUGUCUGCACCCCACUCCCCUGGCCCAGGCCUAAGGGACACAUGGGAGAAGGAGAAACUAGACUCAGGUUCUUCUUUACGUGUAGCCAGAUGGAUGGACGUCUGGGUUUUUCCAAAAGAAAUGUUGAGGGAGGACUUUAUGCCAGAGGUCCCUCCAUAAGGACAUAGUCCCUCUAGAGACUUUUAAGUGGAAAGUUUCCUUUGAGCAAUUCUAAUAGGAUUCUAUUCCCACAUCAGUGGACAAGCAAGUUUGGGGGCAACAGAAAGGUGCCUGAAGAGAUGCUACGGUCUCCCACUCACAGUCUCCCGCAUUCUCUGCCAACUUGCCCCUCUGCACGAGUUCCCCACAAGAGCUGACCAAGGGGUGGCACAUUGGGGAGACCUGGACUAGCCUUUGACAGGGGAUCCUGCUUGGCCUCCUCCCACUGAGGGCAUUCUAGGUGGAAAUACGAGGCUCAGGGCACAGCAGACUAUGUGGCAUGGGAGAAAGAGUCCUAAGUGCAGUCUGAGUAUGCCCCUGGGAACCUCCACUGAACUCAAUUUCCCCAUGUGUAAGAUGGGGCUUGUGCCAGGCCCUGCUCACCUCACAGGUUACUGCAAGGGGAGGUCAUGGGAAGUAUGAUAGGUGGUAUCAUACAUGAAUGAUGAAUGAAGUGGGAGUCACACAAACUUGGGGUGUAGACAUGGCCUGCACGGUAGAUCAGCAAGUACUUGGGAGAAUGAGUACGGGAGGUGCCAUCUUCCUGGGGCAUCUCUGCUCAGAGUUAAGGUCUAGCCACACAGAUGCUAUGGGAGACCGGUCUCUUGCUACCCAAUGGGAGCCAGCAUUCAGCUUGGCACAGUGACUAUGGAUCCUGGACGCAGGGAGUGACAGGUGUCUGGGACAGGUCUCCAGGUCCGUAGCCCUUCUGUUAAGUGAUUAUUUUGUGACACCCUCUUUCCUGGGCCACCUGCCAGGUUUAUCUGUUGUACCUGUGGCAUUCCUUAUUAUGUCAGAUAAGUUAUUACAGUUUAUUCAACUCUAACAGGACAAAUGAACAAGAGAACCAUAAAUAGGAGACCAUUAAAGGUCUUUUGUGACAGAU